UAUACCACACCCCAUUGCUUAAUAAAAAAAACAGGGGGUAGGAUCGUAAAUCCAGGUGCCAUCAUUCAGGCUACAACUGUUACCAUGCCACAAAGUUAAAGAAAAAAACGCCAGACACCACUGCAUCAAUCGGUUCGUGUUCAGAUAAAUACUUAUCAAUAGGUUUCCAUCUUCCAUUACAGACCACCUUCAAAACCACACACACAGACAUGAAGUUCUGGGUGUGGAAUAAUAGUAGCAGCACUAGUAACUCACUGUUCUACUGUGUUGAACAAAAUAAGCCAUGUAUUGGGUGGUGGGUGGACAAGUAUUUCAAAGAUUGUCUCUGCAAUGUCAAUGACGAAGUUUCUUUUGGAUUUGGAAUCAUAAGCCUUGUUUGUUGGGGUGUUGCUGAAAUCCCGCAGAUUAUUACCAACUUUCGUACUAAAUCUAGCCAUGGUGUGUCACUCAUCUUCUUGCUAACGUGGAUUGCAGGGGAUGUUUUUAAUCUUGUGGGUUGUCUUCUUGAACCUGCAACUUUGCCCACACAGUAUUACACGGCUAUUCUUUACACUGCAAGCACGGUAAUCUUGGUGUUGCAAAGCUUGUACUAUGAUCAUAUCUAUGCGUUGUUGAAAUCAGGGAAAAUCGAAGUCGGUAGUCCCGAGGUGGAAGAAGUCAAGAAACCUCUUAAACAAAAAUUUACUGGAUCACAAAGUCGUGCCAUCAGACCAAACCAAUCACACCACCAGGGCUACUAUUUCACGUCAGCAAGAUCAUUGGCUGCAAGUUCAACCCCGCCUAAUAGAGCUUGUCCGUGGAAAGCAAGAAGUGGUCCAGCCUCGGCUAUGGCUGUUGAUAGUGAUGAUUCUUCAGAAGAUGAGUCAUCUGCUCAGAUACCAAUGACAAAGACUGCUUCCCAGCCUAAGCCCAUACCACGCUCCGUUGGUUAUGGAGCAUUUUUGGCUACUUCACUAUAUAUGCCUUCACACGCCAAGGGUUUAGUGCGAGUUUACGCUUACAGGAACCUUCUACAAGAUAAUGGUGGAUCUAAUUAUGGCCAAUGGUUAGGGUGGCUGAUGGCUGCUAUAUACAUGGGCGGUCGGAUUCCUCAAAUUGUCUUAAAUAUCAAAAGAGGCAGUGUUGAGGGUUUGAAUCCUCUCAUGUUUAUUUUUGCUCUUGUCGCCAAUGCAACUUAUGUUGGAAGCAUUCUUGUAAGAAGUACGGAAUGGGAGAGAAUUAAAGCAAACAUGCCUUGGUUGCUUGAUGCUGCAGUUUGUGUGGCGCUUGAUGCUUUUAUCAUAAUGCAGUAUGUAUACUACAGAUACUUCUUGAAACGAGUCCCAAACAGUGAUGAGGAUGAUGAUUAUCAUUGUGACUACUAGCAAGCAAAGAAGACUCGCAUGAGUCGAUGAACAAAAGCUUCCUGGUUAACACUAAAAAAUGAAGAAUGCUUCAAGUGGAUUAUAAGUAAGUUCCUUGUAUUUGUUUGGAUUAUGUGGAUGAUAUGUUUUGCGACUGGCAUUUUAAUGUCGCUAUUGGGUGUCAUGAAGAUAUGUUAGGCAUUGUUUAAAUUUUCUGAUUCA